AUGGGUAAGAAGAAAGGUUAUGGGAAGAGAAGUAGUAGUAGUAGCAGCAGCAGCAGUUCCAGUAGUAGCUCUGGUGGCAGGUACAGGCCUGAACGAAUUGAGAAGCGACGUUUGAAGUACAGAAAAAAAAUGAUGAAAAAAAACCGUUGUAUUUGCGGAUAUUGCCCUCAUGGUGCUCUAGCCUGCGACCAAAACUUUAUGCAAAGAUAUCAGCAUGGGAUGACAGGAGGAUAUGGACCAGGUGGACAAAAUAUUGGAGGUGGUUUUCAUAAAUACAACCCACUUUACCCCAAUCCCAUGACACCACAAUAUCCACCUGCACAGCCUUUCAACCCCAUGCAACAAGCUUCAAUGAUGCCACAACAACCUGCAGUCUGUCCUAAUCCUGGCUUGUUUCCACAAUCAAAUUCAUUCUCUCAACCUGGAGGCUCUCACCAAACAGGUUAUUUUCCGCAGCCAGGAAUGCCACAGCAAAAUUAUGGUCCAGGUCAUCAUGGAAACCAGCCAUAUCCCUCUUAA